CCGGACGUACAGUGGGCGGUACCUUUCUGCGUUACCUACCACCAAACGCAGGGUAGGCGGGACCUCUCUAACUUACGUUCAGAGCCUUGGGUCGUAAAACGACGAUGUUUUGGUCCAGCUGUAUAUCUAUCUUGAGUGCUCCUGUAUCGUUCAAUCCACACAGUACGGAGAUUAAAACGACUCUCCUUAAAAUGGACGGCUUGCAAUGCAGUUGAACGACUUCGGUUAUUAAAUCUGCUUUCAGUCCCUCGCCCUUCUUUCCUCCCAGCCCGACAGCUGAGAUGACAAGGCAGUGAGAUCGUCUGGCCCAGCGUGUCUUCCUGUGUCUCUCUUGUUACCCUGAGAUGGCAACGGCUAAAAAGAGCACUGUGAAAACGGGCGGGGUGCGUUUCUCGGAGGAGCCCAACGCCACCACCGCCGCCGCCGCCGCCGCCUCCCACGUUCACUUUGAGGAGAAGCUGCAUGACUCGGUCGUCAUGGUGACCCCGGAGGCCAACGGCAAUUUCCUGGUCAAGGUGGGCUUCUUGAAGGCCCAGCACAGGUAUGAGAUCGUCUUCACCCUGCCGGCGCUGGGCAAGGCCGUGUGUCCGGCGCCCGUUCCCAGCCCCCACCUGCGGACCACCGACCUCACCCUCCUCCCAGACGGCGGUCUGAGGGUGACCUGUGAGUACAUGGCCCAGCAGGAGGGGGUGCUCUGUGAGGAGCUGCUGCUCCUGAGUGAGGCCAACGACCACGUGUGUGUCACGGUCAAAGUUCACGCCAGAGUCAUGGAUCGCCAUCACGGUACGCCCAUGUUAUUGGAGGGAGUGCGUUGUAUCGGAGUGGAGCUGGAGUACGACUCGGAACAAAGCGACUGGCAAGGAUUUGACUAGAGGACACACACACACACACACACACACACACACACACACACACACACACACACACACACACACACACACACUCAUACAGACACACACACACACACACACACACACACACACACACACACACACACACACACACACACACACACACACACACACACACACACACACACACACACACACACAUUAAGAGCUCUCCACCAGCCUCCAUCUUAUUAUGAAAAAGACAAUUGGUUUGUUGAGUUCAAUAUUUAUUCACUCCAUGGUCAUCUGUCUCUAGUUCAAAGAAAAAUGUAAUUGAAUGGAAUGGAAAUUUUCUGAAAGUUCUGAUGGAAAUAAAUAAUAAUAUAAACAAAACUCUGAAUAUUUCAAUGCUAGGAACCAAAGGGAGACUUAAUAAGAAAAUAAGAUAAUAUAUAUAUGCAUAUUUAUUUACACACACACACACACACACACACAUUCUAAAUAGGGUAAAUGACAUAGUCCAUAUAUUAUUGACAAUAUUAUACACACACACACACACACACACACACGCGCACACAUACCAUUCUCGUAAUUGAUGUUGCCAGGAGCUAGCGUCCUUGGGAUCGGGGGACCUUCAAGGGAACGUACAGCCAGCCCUGGCGUUCAGAGAACAUCCUACACGAAUAAUCAACCAUCCCCACUGAAUGCAUCGGCUUCCUCCUCAUCUUCAUCAUCGUCGUCGUCAUCCUCAGCAGACUAGACACAGCGUCCAAAUCAUUCUCUUGAAACUUUUUUCUUUUUAUUGUGUGUCUAUUGUUUGUCUUUUUUGUGUCAUGCCCACUAGAGGGAGCUAAAGGUCGCUGAAUCGUUCUGGCGUUCUCCAAAUCAAAAUACAGGGAUGUCUUCUCUUAAAGGUGACAUAUUGUACCACCGGGUGUGUAACUGCUAAUCACACUCACACCUGGUGGUACAAAAUGUCACCUAUAAUGAAAUGGUCUGUAGAUUUAAAUUUAUGUCGCUAAAAAGGCUUGUCUCAUUGUGCACGUGAACGUCACUGUUGGUCGGCAUCUGCCCUGGACGAAGGUCCUGGUAUGAGACCCUCAUACCCCAGACCUACGUUUCCCUUGGCAACUCUCCAGGCGAUCACAUUUGUAAGCUUUGCAAUGUUACGCCUUUCAACAAGUGCCUUCUUUUUUUUUAUCACAAUCACUAUUUCAACUCACUCGCUGUUAUCCACACAUGUUGAUCUUUGCUUGUGCUGAUCACCUGCCUGAUACCUUGUAAGGACAGGCAAUGUUUCGGGGUGUCGGCGGGUGUAGAGUCACCAAUUCAGUCCUUCAUAAAGUGUCACAUCAUGUCCUUCUGAUGUUUGUACCACAGAUCUUCAUUUCUCCGCCUCAUCAUCCCUGCCUCCUCUUUUUCCCACUACGUGCAAACUUACCAGUUUCACUCUAUGAGGACCUAUCACAAAGGUUGGAUAGUUGUGGACGGAAUGCCAGGCAUGCAUGUAACUAACUUUGAAGGUCUGUUAAGAUCUUGUGUCAAUGGAGUCAUAAGCCAUGAUUGUUUUUUUCUGCGUCGUCACCUAUUGUACGCCAGGUGUUCCCACAGACUCUUUGGGGAGUUUUGACCGUGGUGCUUUUGCAUAUCAUGAAAUGCUUCUUUAUGUUUUGCUCUCUUAUGUAUAUUUGAUUUUGAAGCGUCAGCGCGAGCCGGAUUUAGAUUUGUUUUCAAAGUUUCUAGAGAAUUCUUUAUCGGUCAAAGUCUGUUUUUGGUUCAACCCUGCCUAUCACAGUUGUCAACUGAAAGAAUCUAUUGUUUUGGGCACAUGAACAUGAGACCAAAACGACGUGAGAAGUGAUAACAUAAUACACUUUAUUGUUUCAUCUGAAGGCCUAAAAGGCUCAAUUCAGGUUAAAUGUUUGUUCUUCUACUUCUACUUCUGAAGGACUGCAGAGGCAUAGAUUAGUUCUUGUUCAUGGCUUAUUAUUCCACAGACUGGUUAAAUGCCCUCUCACUGCCACAGUGUGGCCUGGGUCUGAGCCUGGCAGUGCCAAAUAAUGAUCCCUUUCAGUUGACAUUCUCACAUCUUGCAACACCAGGGUUAAGCCAUCUUGCACAAUACUGGACCAAUGUACAAGAUUGUAUCACAAACAGUCUUACAUUCUUAUAAAAAUCUAGAAUCUAAGUUAAAAGUUAAGUUAGCUCGUUCUUAAUAUCCAGGUAGGCCAACUCAAUAGGUACUGAAUGUAUAGGUAUUAGUGAAUGUUGAAUUUUGUAUAAACCUGCUCAUUUUGUGUGUGUGAUUUGUUAUUUUUAAUAUUUUGUCAUGUUCUAUAUCAAUAAAAGAACAUGCAGUUA